AUCAAUGAAAACCGACUUGACUGUAUACUAACCCAACUUUUUGAGAUAUCAAACACUGGAUGUUUGCGAUUUGUGUAAAGUUUUUUUAAACCCUUUCUUUAAGUUGAAGAAGUUUAAGAGAAAAACUGAAAUCUACCAGUUUUUCUAAUGGCUAAGCAUCAUCCAGAUCUGAUUUUUUGUCGAAAACAACCCGGCGUUGCUAUUGGCAGGUUGUGCGAAAAAUGUGAUGGAAAAUGCGUUAUUUGCGAUUCCUACGUGCGACCAUGUACCUUGGUUCGGAUUUGUGAUGAGUGCAAUUAUGGAUCUUAUCAAGGCAGAUGUGUAAUAUGCGGAGGACCAGGAGUUUCAGAUGCCUACUAUUGUAAGGAAUGUACCAUACAAGAAAAAGAUAGAGAUGGAUGUCCUAAAAUUGUCAACUUGGGAAGUUCCAAAACUGACUUGUUCUAUGAAAGGAAGAAAUAUGGUUUCAAGAGAAGAUAGCUUGGAGUUUCUUAAAAUGAUUACUUUUUCUUGGAGUUUAUCUUCUAUGGAAUCAAUACAUAUAUGUUCAUACAAAAUGAUUGACAUCAAAAUCUUAAUUUCCAGUAGUUCAAAGUGCAUUCAUUUUCUAUUGAAUUACAGUUUCAAUUUUCAAAUAAUCAUGUUGAUUACAAUAAAAUUAGCAUCUGCCUCUAUAUAGGUCUCACUAUUCCAAAAAAAAUGAAUGAAUAAAGUACUGAUAGACA